AUGCGCCAACUCUCCAAUGGACUUGUCUAUUCCUCCGCCCCCUCCUUGGCCACGGAUUCCUCCUUGCUGCCCCUGCUUCCCCUCCUUUCCUUCCCUUACUUCCCCUCCUUUCCCUCCCUUGCUUCCCCUCAUUCCCCCCCCCCUUGCUUCCCCUCCUUUCCCCCCCUUGCUUCCCCUCCAACCUCCCUUGCUUCCCCUCCUUUCCCCCCCUUGCUUCCCCUCCUUUCCCCCCCUUGCUUCCCCUCCUUUCCCCCCCUUGAUUCCCCUCCUUUCCCCUCCUUGCUUCCCCUCCUUUCCCCCCUUUUAUUCCCCUCAUUUCACCCCCUUGCUUCCCCUCAUUUCCCCCCCUUGCUUCCCCUCCUUUCCCCCCCUUGCUUCCCCUCAUUUCCCCCCCCUUGCUUCCCAUCCUUUCCCUCCCUUGCUUCCCCUCCUUUUCCCCCCUUGCUUCCCCUCCUUUCCCCCCUUGCUUCCCCUCCUUUCCCUCCCUUGAUUUUCCUCCUUUCCACCCGUUUAUUCCCCUCAUUUCCCCCCCUUGCUUCCCCUCCUUUCCCCCUCCUUGCUUCCCCUCCUUUUCCCCCUUUUGCUUCCCCUCGUUUCCCCUCUUUGCUUCCCCUCCUUGCUUCCCCUCCUUUCCCCCCCUUGCUUCCCCUCCUUUCCCCCCCUUGCUUCCCCUCCUUUCCCCCCCUUGCUUCCCCUCCUUUCCCCCCCUUGCUUCCCCUCCUUUCCCCCCCCUUGCAGCCCCUGCUUUUCCCCCCUUGA